GAAGGAGCCUUCACAUGUGUGAGCCUGGAUGCUGGCCGAGGAGGGGCAGGCGAAAGCCAGGCCACCUCCAAGCCGCCUCAGACCCUGGCCCUGUGGCCGAGGGGCUCUACAGGAGAGCCAGAGCCGAGGAGCUCACGUGUCUGAUCAGCCCAGCCUGGAUGCAAAGGAAGAUCCCGGUGGUGCAGUGACCAAGGCCUGGCCGCGGAGCAGGCAGGCCCCGCGCUGUCCAUGCAGCUUCAGGCCGAGGGGCCCCCUCCCCAACCCCGGCCGACAGGCUUGGGCAGGCCAGAGGCCUAGGCCCACAGGGAAGGCUGUCAGCCGUCAGAUGCUCCGCAGGCUGUGGGGCCCCCUAAGUGGACCGCUGGGCAGGUGUGCCAAGGCGGGAGCAUGCCGGCCAAGGGGUGCUACUUCCUCCACGAGGGCGAGGCAGGCCCAGAGCACAGCGCGCUCUAUGAGAAGUACCGCCUCACCAGCCAGCACGGGCCGCUGCUGCUUACGCUCCUGCUGGUGGCCAUCGCCGCCUGCAUCGCCCUCAUCAUCAUCGCCUUCAGCCACGGGGAUCCCUCCAGCCACCAGGCUGUCUUGGGGACGGCGUUCUUGACACUUGCCGUGUUCAUGGCCCUCUACGUGCUGGUGUACACUGAGUGCCUCGUCCGGCGGUGGCUCCGGGCCUCAGCACUGCUUACCUGGGCCUGCCUUGUGACGCUGGGCUACGUGCUGGUGUUCGACUCAUGGAUGAAGGAGGCCUGUGCAUGGGAGCAGGUGCCCUUCUUCCUGUUUGUCAUCUUCGUGGCGUACACGCUGCUGCCCUUCACCAUGCAGGGGGCUGUCAUGGUGGGGGUCGUCUCCAGCACCUCCCACCUGCUCGUGCUCGGCACCCUGAUGGGGGACUUCUCGAUGCCCAGCAUCCAAGUGGGGCUGCAGGCUCUUGGCUCUGCCUCCCUGGGAGUGACAGGUCCUCUGGUCUCUGGGGUCCAAGUUCUUCGGGAGCAGGGUAUGCCAGUGGGUGCCAAGACGGGCCUGAGUCCUGGUCCCGCCGUCACAGCCACUCCCAGGAGACCAGCCCUUGUCUGGGCCUCAGUUUCCCUGCUUGCACCAGGAAGGCUGCUGGCCAACGCCAUCAUCUUCCUGUGCGGGAACCUCACGGGCGCCUUCCACAAGCACCAGCUGCAGGACGCCUCCCGCGACCUCUUCACCUACACUGUCAAGUGUAUCCAGAUCCGACGUAAGCUGCGCAUCGAGAAGCGCCAGCAGGAGAACCUGCUGCUGUCGAUACUGCCAGCGCACAUCUCCAUGGGUAUGAAGCUGACCAUCAUCGAACGGCUCAAGGAGCGCGGGGACCGGCGCUACAUGCCCGACAACAACUUCCACAGCCUCUACGUCAAGCGGCACCAGAACGUCAGCAUCCUCUACGCGGACAUCGUGGGCUUCACGCGCCUGGCCAGCGACUGCUCCCCCAAAGAGCUGGUGGUGAUGCUCAAUGAGCUCUUCGGCAAGUUUGACCAGAUUGCCAAGGCCAACGAGUGCAUGCGGAUCAAGAUUCUGGGUGACUGCUACUACUGCGUGUCAGGCUUACCCGUGUCUCUGCCCACCCACGCCCGGAACUGUGUGAAGAUGGGGCUGGACAUGUGUGAGGCCAUUAAGCAGGUGCGGGAGGCCACGGGUGUGGACAUCAGCAUGCGUGUGGGCAUACACUCGGGGAACGUGCUGUGUGGUGUCAUCGGGCUGCGCAAGUGGCAGUAUGAUGUGUGGUCCCACGACGUGUCCCUCGCCAACAGGAUGGAGGCGGCUGGAGUCCCCGGCCGGGUGCAUAUCACAGAGGCGACGCUGAACCACCUGGACAAGGCGUACGAGGUGGAGGAUGGGCACGGGCAGCAGCGGGACCCCUACCUGAAAGAGAUGAACAUCCGUACCUACCUGGUCAUCGACCCCCGGAGCCAGCAGCCACCCCCGCCCAGCCAGCACCUCCCCAAGCCCAAGGGGGAUGCGGCCCUGAAGAUGCGGGCGUCCGUGCGCAUGACCCGCUACCUCGAGUCCUGGGGGGCUGCGCGGCCCUUUGCACACCUCAACCACCGCGAGAGUGUGAGCAGCAGCGAGACCCCUAUCCGCAACUGCCGGAGGCCCAAGGCCAUCCCCCUGCGGCGCCACCGGACCCCUGACAGAAGUGCAUCCCCCAAGGGGCGGUUAGAGGAUGACUCCUACGACGAUGAGAUGCUGUCAGCCAUCGAGGGGCUCAGCUCCACGAGGCCCUGCUGCAGCAAGUCUGACGACUUUUAUACCUUUGGGUCCAUCUUCCUGGAGAAAGGCUUUGAGCGAGAGUACCGCCUGGCGCCCAUCCCCCGGGCCCGCCACUACUUCGCCUGUGCCAGCCUCGUCUUCCUCUGCAUCCUGCUCGUCCAUGUCCUGCUGAUGCCCAGGACGGCGGCUCUGGGGUUGUCCUUUGGGCUCGUGGCGUGUGUGCUGGGGCUGGUGCUAGGAUUGUGCUUUGCUGAUCAGUUCUUGAGGUGCUGCCCGGCCUGGGCGACACUCCGCACCAUCUCUGAGCGGGUGGAGACGCACCCCCUGCUGCGGCUGUCCCUGGCCAUCCUGACUGUCGGCAGCCUGCUCAGCAUCGCCGUGGUCAACCUGCCGCUGUUUCCUCUGCCAGGUGUGGCGGAGCCUCCGGGGAACGAGACACACCGGAGGGCUGUGAGCAGCAGGGAGAAGAUUGCGUGUGAGCUCCUCCCGUAUUACACCUGCAGCUGUAUGCUGGCCUUCAUCGCUUGCUCCGUCUUCCUGCGGAUGAGCCUGGAGUUGAAAGUCGUGCUGUUGACCGUGGCCCUGGUGGCCUACCUGGCACUCUUUAACACGCUCCUGUGCCCGCACUGGCACUGCUGUGGCCACUCCACCAAGACCAACAGCACCCUUAGCAGCCCCCCAGUCUGCUCAUGGUGGGACCUGAAGACGAUGGUCGGUUUCUACCUGGUUCUGUUUUACAUCACCCUCAUCAUGCUGUCCAGACAGAUCGACUAUUACUGCCGCUUGGAUUGUUUGUGGAAGAAUAAGUUCAAGAAGGAACACGAGGAGUUUGAAACCAUGGAGAAUGUGAACCGCCUUCUUCUGGAGAACGUGCUGCCCGCCCAUGUGGCCGCCCACUUCAUUGGCGACAAGUUAAACGAGGACUGGUACCAUCAGUCCUAUGACUGCGUCUGCGUCAUGUUUGCAUCCGUGCCGGACUUCAAAGUGUUCUACACGGAGUGUGAUGUCAACAAGGAAGGGCUGGAGUGCCUGCGCCUGUUGAAUGAGAUCAUCGCCGACUUUGAUGAGCUGCUGCUGAAGCCCAAGUUCAGCAGUGUGGAGAAGAUCAAGACCAUUGGCAGCACCUACAUGGCAGCCGCAGGGCUCAGCGUCCCCUCAGGGCAUGAGAACCAGGACCUGGAGCGGCAGCACGCCCACAUCGGCACCACCGUGGAGUUCAGCAUCGCGCUCAUGCACAAGCUGGACGGCAUCAACAGGCACUCGUUCAACUCGUUCCGGCUCCGAGUCGGCAUAAACCACGGGCCCGUGAUCGCGGGAGUGAUCGGGGCACGGAAGCCUCAGUAUGACAUCUGGGGCAACACCGUCAACGUCGCCAGCCGCAUGGAGAGCACUGGAGAACUCGGGAAAAUCCAGGUGACUGAAGAGACGUGCACCAUCCUCCAGGGACUAGGCUAUUCCUGCGAAUGCCGGGGACUGAUCAACGUCAAGGGCAAAGGCGAGCUGAGGACUUACUUUGUCUGUACAGACACUGCCAAGUUUCAAGGGCUGGGGCUGAACUGAGGGACGCUGGCAGGAUGGACGUGCAGGAAGCGGCCUGCCUGCCCUAAAGCCAGCCAGCGGAGGGCAGCCCUUCGCGUCACGGAGGCAUUCCAAGGGCCUGGCCGUCACCACCUCCUGACAGAUGGCUGCGUGUGGCUUCCUCCUCGGACUCGGUUUCUUGGACACGUGCUCCAGACCCCAGCUCGAGGUGACCACGGAGCCUUACCUCGCACUGCUGGAGCUGGCCUCACAGUGUCCAGCACAGCAGGAAAAGGCUCCCCAGUGUUUCAGAUCCUCGCCAACCCCUCCCCCCGCCCGUGCUGUGCAGGUCUUGGCGCGUAACUGACCGCCCCCCUCCCUCAUGGCACAAGCGCGACCUGUCCUUUUGAGGUACAGGAGGACUAAGACAAGCUGGCUGGGCUGGGCUGGGCUGGGGAUGCCUUUUGCCCAGAGCAGCAGCUCCGGGAGCCUACAUUUAUUUCUCACAGGCGUUUUGGUAAAUAGAGCUGGAAAGGGUGUUUCAAACAGUAGGGAGAAAAAAACCACAGUGGAUACUUGUUACUUCUUGUCCUCUGUGGCAUGUUUAAGUGGAUACAUUAAUGGAGCUUUUAUCUUUUUUAAUGACUUCUUACAGGAAGACAACUCUUUUGCACCCAGUGUAUCUGCUGCCUUUUUAACCACUGGCACGUAAGUAGGACUACUGUCCAGUGUCAGCUUCUGGGAUCAUCCCAGCUGUGGGGACGGAGCUCUGAGCGGCAUAGCUUUCUGAGCAGCUCUUGGCUUUCAGUCAGACCCAUCAUUUGAUGCCAGCAUUUUGAGGUUAGGCCCAGUAAGCAAAAAGCCUAGAAAAUAAGGCACACCCGACCUCUCAGCCUGACUGCUCAUGCACUUCUGAGCUCUCCCCCGCCGUCUUCAGCUACAUCUCACUGUUAGGCUGGAAAGGAAGGCCUGGAGCCUGUGUGGAGGGAACUCGGACAAGCUGUGGCCCCUCUAUCCUUUUCUAGUCCUCACAGCUCACUUUGAAGAGCUUCAGACUAGGAGGGUGUGCUCAGCAUGAGCACGUGCAGAGGUCUCUGCCUGGGAAGCCCACCCUCUCACGGAUGCCGAGAUGUCCUGGGUCUGAACCGAACACAUCACGUGCGAAGUGCCACUUGUGAGCUGCUGUCCUGCAGCUUCAGCUCUGCAAGAAUCCAAAGCCGGCCUGUGUCCCAGGUGAGAAAUGAGCAAACUGCCCACGCCUUUUCCUGAACUGACUUCUCUGCGUCAUAACCAGAGCACCCGGCGGCUGCUAACACAGCAGACUGACUGUAGCCAGAUGGCAGGGAUUCUUAGUUGAAGUCCCCCAGGGACCCCUGAAAUCAGACAGGGUGAUCAGCACCCAGGUGGGCCUGGGGUGAGAUACUGAGUGCUGUGUGCAGCCAGGGGCGGGGAGGGGACUGUCCCCAGAGCCUGCUGUCCGUCUGUGUCGCCGUCUUGUGGGCUUAUUCUAAUUUGCAGAGGUGCCAGGUGGGCUACUGGCAGCUCUGAGGCAUUGCAUGCGGCUGGAAUGGUAGGAAUAAAUGAUAAGAACGUGCUGUAUGAAGGAGUUUUAUGGCAGAAACGCUGGUAAGGGAAAUAAGCCUUACUUAAGCCACCUUUUUCACACCAACUUUUCAUACAAAGGGCUGCUCAGAGGGGCUCUCGUGGCGAGUUGCACAGGCGUCUGUCCUGUCGCUAACACAAUGUAGACACACAGCGUGCUGCCCCUCUGAGUUGGGCAGGCUCUACCCCUGUGGCAUUCAAGUACCUUUUUCUUCCAGCAACAGAAUCCCAGUCAGGAGUUUAAAAAAUCAUUGGUUACCAUUCAUGUGUUUUUAUUUAUUUCCAAUAAAGCACUGUGUUCAAGUUAAGAAUACUGUAAGGUUUUCGUUUUUGAUGUUCAGAUUGUAGUGUGUAACUGACCAUAAAAAUCAUUUGCAAUUAUUUUUUUAUAAAUCUAUUUUCUAAUGACCAAGUCAUUUCUUCACAGGUAUCGUUUUGUUUUAUGGACAUUAUGUUUUAAAGGACAGGUAUCCUAACACUGACCGUCUCUAUGGGUCAAGGACUUGCUUAAAAGUUUCUAAGGCGGCCUCCCUGACUCUAGUGAAAAUCACACCUGAAGUUUUCUGGUUUACUUAUUAAGAAAGCUUCCUAGCUGAAAAGGCCAUUAACCACCGUCCCCGUGUGUAUAUAAGAGGUCAAAGUACAGUGACAUUACAAGGGCUUCCCCUGCAUCCUGAAUAUUUAUAAACCUGUAGCGUUUGUUUCAAAAUGUUGUACUUCGUCUUCAUAAGGUACCAAUGUUCUACUUUCUUUAAUACAUUAAAUUACCAGUCUGGAAAACCUGAAUGUUUUUUGACUUUAAAGUGUUUUGACUGUAAAUAUCUUCUUGGUCUUCAGGAACUUAUUCAUGGUAGAUCUGAAGUUUAACCAUUGAUUACUGCCUGACUGAUAUCUGAAUCACGAGGAAGUAGCAGCAUUAUCACAGUUCUGAAAAGACUCUGCCCCGAGUCUAUCUACUCCAGUUCUAACGCUCUGACCUAUGGCACCAGGUCAAAGCCAUGGUCCCGCCUCACAAGGGCCACUUUUUUAAUGAAUCAUCACGAUGAAAUCUGGUAAGGUAGAAACUAUUUGGUUAUCAUCUCUUUAACAGGGAGUGUGGCAAAAGUGGAAAAAUGAGAGAUUUCAAUUAUUCGGAGGACUUGCUUCCUUGAUGGAUGUCCA